AUGUCCGACAAGGAAACGGCCCCCACCGAGCACCUUAACAUUAAGGUGACAGAUAACAACAACGAGGUCUUCUUCAAGAUCAAGCGCUCCACCCAACUGAAGAAGCUCAUGGACGCAUUCUGUGAGCGCCAGGGAAAGCAACCCUCGACCGUUCGCUUCUUGUUUGACGGAACUCGUGUUCGUCCCGAGGACUCACCAGACACUCUCGAUAUGCAGGACGGUGACACCCUCGAAGUCCACCAGGAGCAGAUCGGAGGUUCUUGCUGA